UAAAGGGAGACCACUACAUCUCAGCUGGGCACACAGUGUCUCUGACUGCCACCAAGAGCUCCUGGGGCCACUGCCUCUCUCUGCAGAACCAGCACCUCACAAAGCCUGCACGAUGUGUAACCGAUUUGUGGGAACCUGGAAGCUCAUCUCCAGCGAAAAUUUUGAUGACUAUAUGAAAGAAUUGGGAGUAGGCUUAGCUACCCGGAAACUAGGUGGCCUGUCAAGGCCUGAUGUGAUCAUCAGUAUGAAAGGAGACAUAGUGACCAUCAGAACUGAAAGCACCUUCAAAAAUACAACCAUCUCUUUCAAACUGGGCCAGCAGUUUGAUGAAACAACAGCAGAUGACCGGAAAGUCAAGAGUGUUGUAACCAUGGAGAAAGGGUCAUUGGUGCAAGUGCAGAAGUGGAAUGGCAAAGAGACCACGAUAAAGAGAAGACUUGUUGAUGGGAAGAUGGUGGUGGAAUAUGCCAUGAAAGGCGUUGUCUGCACUAGAGUUUAUGAAAGAGUGUGAAGAAGUUCCCUCUCUGCACCGGACUGGAACUGGCUCUAAAACCUCGGCUUAGUUCAGUGACCAAAGCCUCAUGCACUGUGCUUCUUUAUUUUAUUUCCUUUUACUGGGAAAAUGACUACAUCAUAAUUUGAUAUUUCAGAGCCAUAGUGUAACUAAUCCAAAAUAUUGUGGUGAUCCAAUAAAAGCUUCUCAACACAGAAAA